AAAAGUGAUAAGAUAAGGCAACGAGAGUGAGAAGCAUUUUGCUCUGUUUCCCCAAUUCCCACCAUGGAAUCGACGGCCACUGCUGCAAUGACCUUCGCCGUUCCCUCUACCAAGGCCCAAGCCCGCUACCGAGUCCUGACACGGCCCACCAACCCAUUCAUCGUCCCCGCCGGCGGCGUGGCCCAACGCCCCCCCGCGCGCCACCUCUGUAUCCGGGCGGCGAUUCCCCGCACGAAGAAAGAGGAAACUGUGGAGACGGUGCGGGAACAGUUGGAAAACUGCUACCUUCUUGCGGGCAUAAACUACAAGGGGUUCACCGUGAAGCAGUUCCAGGAGCUUCGGAAGACGUUCCCCGAGAGCACGAAGCUCAUCGUGGCGAAGAACACGCUGGUUUACAAGGCCGUGGAGGGAACUCCCUGGGAGACGCUGAAACCCUGCAUGAAGGGCAUGAAUGUGUGGCUCUUUGUUCACUCCGAGGAGAUCCCCGCCGCCCUCAAGCCCUACAGGGACUUCCAGAGGGAGAAGAAGCUCGAGGAUAACGACUUCACCGGCGCCGUUUUCGAGGGCAAGUUUUACGGCCCCGACGAAUUUAAGAAGCUCGAGACUUUGCCCACGCGCGCCGAGAUUUAUGCCACUCUUUUGGGGGCUCUGAAGGCCCCUUCUUCCGCUCUCGUCUCCACCCUUCAGGCUCCUGCUAGAGAACUUCUAAUGGUCCUCAAGGCUCAUAUUAAGAACCUUGAAGAGCAACAAGGUCUUCUGCAGUAGAUAUUCAAUAUGUGUAUGCCUUUUGUUCUUAUCCUUUUCUUGUUUUCUUCUGUUGUUCAAUUGUUUACUCUCUGUAGAUUAUGUCUUGUUUUGCUGAAGGAAAAAGGAAAUUGAGAAUGCUGCAUAGGGGAUUGAAGCCCUUUUCUUUUCAUCUUA